CCUCGUGCGUGAAAGACGUGAAAACUGCUCGCAUCGCCGGUAAGGCCCGUGUUCUUGGUACAAAUUUCCUGAAUAAUCUGGUGUGACUGCAGAUUAUUUGCGAUUGUUCGCAACAGCACGCUCAAAAGCCUUCCACUGCCAAAACAGUAAAAUGUCUGCCGUUAAGCGUCUACUGCCCCUGCUGGACCGCGUGCUGAUCCAGCGCGCCGAAGCCCUCACCAAGACGAAGGGUGGCAUCGUCAUCCCGGAGAAGGCCCAGUCAAAGGUGCUGGAAGGCACGGUCGUUGCGGUUGGGCCCGGUGCCCGCCACGCGCAGACCGGCGAACAUGUGCCGCUGUCGGUAAAGGUCGGCGAAAAGGUGCUGCUGCCGGAGUACGGUGGCACCAAGGUUGAUCUGGGCGACAGCAAAGAGUACCAUCUCUUCCGGGAAGCCGACAUUCUGGCCAAGAUGGAGUAAGUUUCCGUACAGCAGCACCAUUAUCGACUGUGUUGCAGCAGGACAAAACGCAUGCCACCAUGUGCGUGCGCUCUCGUGAACGGAUUGUGCCGAGCUUAGCUUGUAUGGCACACGGGGCAUUAUGUUUGACCGUGUGAAAGUGUCCGAUAGCUACCGGACCGGGUUGUUAAGAGAAAGGGAAGAAUGUGAAGUGAGGAAUAACUCUACCGGCGUUGAUAAAUAUUGUUCAAGUACGUUCGUUCGUUCGAGUAUGGCCCCGCAACAGUGGUGACGAUACUGUUUGUGGCCAGACUGUGUCUGUGUGGUUUCCCCGUGCGGAUCGUGUCAUGGACCACCAAAACCUACGACCCGCUGUGGUCAUUUGCUGCUCCUGCUACACGAUCCUGACGGAUCAUUGAAAACACCUCCGACGUUCCGCCCGCACGACGGCUUCCUUUUGGCCAUCAAGUUCACAUGCUAGGACGCUUGAUGGUCAAACGUCGCCGUCGUUUGGCGGGAUCGGGCGAAAGGGAAACCAGAAAAACGAUGAGCAAAGUGAGAAAUGUUUGAUUUCAACCAACCUUAAUAAAAAGAACAAAUCGAAUACUGAAACCCAACAAAA